AGGAGAUGACCAGAGACUGUGGACACAGUACAGGAGAUGACCAGAGACUGCGGACACAGUACAGGAGAUGACCAGAGACUGCGGACACAGUACAGGAGAUGACCAGAGACUGCGGGCACAGUACAGGAGAUGACCAGAGACUGCGGACACAGUACAGGAGAUGACCAGAGACUGCGGGCACAGUACAGGAGAUGACCAGAGACUGCGGACAGUACAAGAGAUGACCAGAGACUGCGGGCACAGUACAGGAGAUGACCAGAGACUGCGGGCACAGUACAGGAGAUGACCAGAGACUGCGGACAGUACAGGAGAUGACCAGAGACUGCGGACACAGUACAGGAGAUGACCAGAGACUGCGGACAGUACAGGAGAUGACCAGAGACUGCGGACACGGUACAGGAGAUGACCAGAGACUGCGGACACGGUACAGGAGAUGGCCAGAGACUGCGGACACGGUACAGGAGAUGACCAGAGACUGCGGACACAGUACAGGAAUGACCAGAGACUGCGGACACAGUACAAGAGAUGACCAGAGACUGCGGACACAGUACAGGAGAUGACCAGAG